AUUCAUCGCAUUCGGAGUCCGUGCGUUUAGUCGGCCGGUACUUGUUGUUAAGUGUGUGUGUGUGUAUGUUUUUUAGUGUGCGUGUUGUUUAAGGUAUAAUUUCGUAUACUUUAUAUUCGAUAUUCUGUUUUAUCGACGUAGGUAAUAUUGCAAUAUUGUCGUCUGCAUCGACGACCCGUCGUCAGUUUAUGUGCGCGUUAUCCACGGUUUUCGUUAUCAAGACUUGAGCUUCUCGCGAAGACGGUCCUCUCUCUCGGUUUUUCUUCAAAAAAUAAAAAAAUCGGGCACACAGAUUCCAAUGGCAUCUUUACCGCCGCCGAUGUCGGAUACGUCUUCUGCCUUACCCGUUGUUUCGGUGGUCGAGUUCGAGUCGCUGAUAGGCGCUUGAGGGAUAUCGAUGACCGCUGGGCCCAUGACGCGCAACGGCGAGUGUAAAAAGUUUUCGCCCAACAUAUUCAACAAGUCCAAAUGCACCAAUUGCUUCAGGCAAAAGGAGGAGCACAGCGCCGAAGCUUUGGAAAGCAACAGGGCUACCAGGAAAGCGGUAAAAUGCGGAUACUUAUUCGUAGCACCCGGGCGAGACUUCUCCAAUCCGAUAAACCGAACGAAGAGAUGGCAAAGGAGGUGGUUUGUGUUGUUCGACGACGGAGAACUGAUUUAUUCACUGGACGAGCACCCCGACACCGUACCUCAAGCCAGACUUGACAUGUUUACUGCGAUCGCCGUGGAAGAAGCGGACGAAGCGACCGGCAACCCUCACAGUCUGGCCAUCACAUCGUCGGAUCACUCUGUACACUUUGUUCGGGGAGCAUGCAGGGAGGAAGCUAGAGGGUGGAGAGACGUACUUACCUCAUACAUGCGUCAUACUACACAGAUAACCCCGUCGACCAACGGCGGCGGCGUACCAAAGCACAAACGGAACUCGACGUUCCCGGGUCCGAACCCCACAUCCGGCGCUCUCAAUGGACCAGUUAGAGCCGCUGUCAUUUCUAAGAGUACAAAUCUGACUAGUCAUCAGCAAACGACGGGGUGGGCGACUUCGACGCCGAUCGUGUCCGAACGAGACCAAAGACCCCGUUCGUCGACGGCACCCGUUAUCGUGGCGACCGUUCCGACCAACAAGACCGACAGAAACGUCGGAUCUAAUUCGCCUCCUACCAGAGAAAAAUCGCGAUCCGAAGUAAAAGUGCGAAUUAGGUCGUCCGAACAACAUAGGUCCAACUCGAGUUUGUCUCAGACGUCUUCUUCGGGGUGGGAUCAAACCGAUUCGUCGGAUUGCGUUACCAGAAGAUUACUGAUCGAAGAUUUCGAAAACGAAUGCAAGUUAAAAGAGAUCGCCGACUCUAUUUCUCGUUUACACCCUCGCAACAACAACGGGGUGUUGUCUAAAUCUAGAAAUCUGGAACCCACAAGGGACACAGACGUCACGAAUCAAAAACAGGUUCGUGGUGAUCCGGACGGCUGUGGUUUGGACUUGUUGCGAUAUUCGCCCAGCUCAGAACUUAGAGUUGAACUGCCGACCGAAGAUCUUUUAAACAUAAAAAAAGGCUGGCUUAUGAAACAAGGAAUCGCCGCUGAUGAGUGGAACAAACACUGGUUUGUUUUACGAGGUUCCGCAUUACUAUUUUAUCGCGACCCCACUGCAGAAGACCAAGGUAUCUUAGACGGCGUUGUCGAUCUAAGUUGUGUAACCAUGGUCAGUGAAGUACAAGUGAACAGAAAUUACGGAUUUCAAACUAUCUCUUGGGACGAAAAAAGAGUUGUCUUAUCGGCAAUAACGUCUGGGAUAAGAACCAAUUGGGUGUCUGCCAUCCGAAGAGCUGCCGGACUAACAGAAGACAAUAUGUUGGUCAAACCUCCGUUGGACGGUACCUUGUCAUCGUCGAGAUCGGUGAUUUUUUCAUCAGACGAUGAGUACAGGACGGCAUCUGAGUGUGGUCGACACGAGAGUAGUGAUUGGGGAGACACUUUACCGCCUUCGCCACCUCUCAACCGAACGCCCAUAUCGAAGGUCAAAGAACGAGCCAGAGGAGGUCCCCGGAGUAGAAUAUUCACGGGCGGAAGUCUGGCUGCGAAGCGUUCAAAGUCUUCACCCCCUGUAUCGCCGAGAAGUAUAUCCGAUACUUCUAAAUCCGAAGAACUCUUACUGUCUUCUUGUGCCGAAUCCGACGACACGAAGAGCGAUCGUAGUUCUUUAGUCGGUCGUGUCGACAAACAAGCGGACGAUUUGGCCGAUGUAAAAAAACAACUUACCACCGUACUGUGUCAAUUGAGUAACGCCGAACAAGAAUUGAUAAGACUGCGACAACGCAAACACGACGUGUUGACGUUGCAAAAACAAGUCGAGACAAUGGCUACUUCGUUGAAAAUGGCUGAAGACAUGAUCAAACAAAAAUCGGACCAACUAUCGGAAUUUGAUUCAUUGAGAAAACUUUACAGAGACGAGAAGAAGAAUUGGGAAGCUGCUUUGUUGUCUGUACAAAAUCAAUCUGAGCAGCAAAUCGAAGAACUAGAGAGGACCAGAGAACAAGUAUCUAGGCUCAGGGGUACAUUAGCUGAUGUAUCUGAUCGGUUGGCCAGAGGAAUCGAGGAAAACGAAUCUCUUUACAGGAGAGUACGCGAGUUGGAAGGCCGUUCUAUGCCGAUAAACACCUCGAUUCGAGACAGCCGUGCCAGAAGCUUAGAUUCAUUAAGUGAUUUGACAAACAUCGAUUUAGAUUUAGAUACCGAAAACAUGGAUAAAGAGAGAAUUGUGGAAGAAUACGAAGACCUUCGUUGUAGAUUUGAAAAAGCCGUCCACGAAAUAAGAGCGAUGAAACGGGAACUGAAAGAAUCGAAUGUACAAACAGACAUUUUAGAGCUGGAACUCAUCAACGCCAGACAAGAUAUACAAAUCAGACAACAAACGUACGAAAGCCAAGCUUCCAUGAUGGCUGCUAGAAUUCAGGAUCUGACUACCAAACUCACGACUGCCGACAAACAGAUUCGGCUGCUAAAACAAAAACUAACAAAGUCCGACGGCCGAGAUAAGCGCAGGUCCUUGUCUUUAAAGGGUCGUGAAUCGUUUACUAUUUGCAAAGAACUGGAGGAGAAGCUAAUCGACUUAGAAAAGAAAAUCGGCAAACUCGAUUCGAAAGGCAUCACCGCGAUAGAAAAACCGGAGCCGGUAGACAACGCAGGGUGCCGGGCAAGCACGGUGGCUUCCAGACUAAGACGCAAGUCGCUGGAUAGCGCCACGAGCAGUGAACCGAUGAAAGUGUUGAUUCGAAUGACAUCUCUCGAAAACCGCGUCGCCGACUUGCAGAAGACCCACCCGGACGCCAUGAAUAUUAUCGUGGAGGACGGCGCCGAAACUAAGGACACGGAAGUGUUCAAAAUCGAACGGGCCUGGAGAGGUAAAUUAAGCGAGAUAGCGUCUAAGAGGCGAAAGCUACUCAACGACGGAUGUCUGAACGACGAAGCCAAGACCGCGUUGUUAGCUGAAAAAGUCGCUACCGAAUCGGUGUUUUUGAACAAACUAAGACAACUGUUGAAAAACGACGCUGCGAUAGAAACGACAAAUAGACUGAAGAGUCGCCUGGAAGGAAAUUUGGAUUUGUUCGCGGAGGUCAGUAAAAUCGCCACCAUAAAGAACAAUACCGAGAAGAGAGUGAAGGAGUUUUUGGACGCCCGGUUGAACGCUAUUCAGAAGUACAAAUGGGACGCCGACGAAGUGAGGACCGUCGCGUACGAGUGUCUGGAGAGCAUCGUGUUGGAUACGGAAAUGCACAUGGCGUUAGACUAUUACUUCAAAACCCAAGAUCUAACCGACAAGGGUAGCGUCAUGUUGAUACAGUGCGUUAUGAACAGAGGUAAGCUGGAAACUUGGCUGAGCGACGUUCGCCAACUGAUCGAAGCGCAAAUCGAAGAUGUCGUACAUGCGUUACCGGCUAAAACCAAAUGCUGCGAAAACAACAACUACCUGGUGGAGUAUUUCGAAGUAGCCGUGCUCCAUUGUAUGCUGGAAUCCGGCUUGAAACUGGUGGAGAAAACGCCCAAAAGCAAACUGGACAUGGACGAGGACGGGGCGCUGUCCGAGUGUCAGUUCCUCGCUGCCAAGAUCUGUCGGUGCUUGCCCAUGCCGAACGACGAGCGGAUGUUGCACGACAGCCUCGGUGGCGUCGAAUCCGAAGUGAUGGCUUUGCGGUCUUGCAUGGAGGAUAUAAUUGACAAGAGACAGUUGAAUGGCCCCGUGUCCGACCCGCAGCCGUUGCGCAACGAGAACAAGCCUACGUCUUGGAUCGAAGACGUGUGCAACAAGUGUCAUGACCUGCGUAUGCAAAUAGCGUCACUGCAGAUGUACCUGGCGCAGUGCCAAGAAUGUCAGAGGUGCGUUUACCUACAGGAAAAGAUCAAGGGCUACGAACAGGAACGCGACGACGAGCUGGAAAACGUGCAGAGACGACACCAGAUGGACAUGGCGGAGUUGAAGAGCAGGCUGGAAGAGGAAAAGCGCAAAUUGUUGGCGGUCGGCGAACAAGAGCAAAACGCGCUGAGAGACCGCGUGAAGAAAUUGGAACGACGGUUGAACGCUCUAGACUCGGAGUACAACCAGCAAAUGGACAAUUUGAGGUUGACCUAUCAAAUCUCGUUGGCGUCGAACGAGUCGCCUAACACUAUCUUGACGGAAGAGUCGACCAGACUUAGGUACCAAACGGAAAUCGAACACUUGCGGGCUCUAUGCGAAAAAGGUUUGCUGGCCAUGGAGAACUCGCACAGGCGUAUUAUCGUCGAACUAGAAGAGAAGCACCGUCAGGAGACCGAAGCGUUGAAGGUGGAGAAAGAACAGGCCCUAGCCGAAGAAACUCACGCCACACUAGCUGCGUUGGACGCGAUGAGAAAAGCCCACGAGGCUGAAGUGCAAAAGGAAGUCAGUAAGUUCAAGACGGAGUUUUUGAAAAAGAUCCAGUCCAGCCACGACAUCGGAGCACUGCACAAAGAACAUGAAGCCGAAAUGGAAGAGAUAAAAAAAGAAAUACUCUCGCUGUCCGAGAAGUAUUCCAUCAAGUGCGUCGAGUCUGCCAAUUUAGAAGAGGAAUUGAAAUCGGCCAAUUCUCAACUGGCGCAAGCCCAGCAACAAAUCAUUCAACUCGAUUCUAGAAAUAAACAGCUAAGGGCGCACUUAAUAUCCGAGAGCAACGACGUACCGCUGGAGUUUGAGCCAGCGAACACGGACGCUGAACUUGGCCGAUUGAAACAAGACAUACUGCAUGGCGAAUCGCUUGAAAGCAUUUUGAACAGUGUCGAACAGUUCAGCGCUGGCGCAGUAGUGCCUCGAGUCGACCUACCCGUUAUUGUAGCGCUGGUAAAUAAGUUGCGGCACUUCUCUAGCGACAAUCUUCAAGAGUCCAUUGUCGACGAGUCACACGCUGCAUCAAAAACGCGUAACGUGACUCUCAAACGGACGGAACCCUCGCCUCUAAAUCAGUCAGAGCCGAAGAGGUAUCUGACAUGUCACAGUAACAUUAUCAACACUAAUGACAGGAGCAGCCGAUCGUCUCCGUUUAACCGGUGCAAUGGUAUUCUGUUGAAGUCUCCGGGCAUGUGCGGGAUGGUGGCCGACCGCAAGAAAAUUUUUGAACAGCGCUAACCUACAAAAAUAACAACUACUGUACACUUAUUAGCAUAACUAGUUGCUGUUUUAGUUUUCAACAAGUGAUUCAUAUUGAAUUAUAUUAUUAUAAAAUUACAAACUAUAUCAAUUAAUAUUAUACUUAAUAUAUAAUUUUUUUUUUUGCGUUUCACAAACGCCUAUGUGUUCAACAAAACUUAUAUAUUAUUAUCUAUUUUGUAUACCAUUUAUAUAUUAUUAUAUCAUUAUUAGAAUAGACAUUAUAAAAGCAAAAUCAAUUUACAAAACGUUGUUUUGACAUUGACAUAUUAUAUUUUAAUGAUAUUAUUUUUAUCGCUACAAGACCCAUUAGGCAUUUUUAUCCAAUAGCUGUUGCAGAUAUUGUGUUUUGUUAUUUAAUAAUAAUACUAGUUUUAAAAACUCACGUUUAUUAUUAUUUAUUUUUAUGUAGAAAAUAGCUGUUUUUUUUUUUUUGUUGAAUAGUGUUUUAAAACUUAAAGAAUUAACUAAUGUGUGAAUUUUUUUUUUUGCUACAAUUUGUCUUGUCAGGCAACUGACAAAACUAUUCCUUUUUGACAUAAUCCAUAAAAAGGUCAAUUGUUAUUUUAUAAAAAUUAUUUUAACCUGCCGUUUGUUUAUUCAUCAAUAACUUAUAUUAAAAACUAUAAUAAACAUAUUGUGUUUUGAUAGCUUUCUUUGUUACACAGCCCCUCCUCAUCCACAUUACAGUUGUUAACUUUAUUUAUUAUAAUAAAUGUAAUUUAAUUUUUAUUGUUAUUGCG